UUUAAACAAUAAAGUGCGUUGUAAAAGUAUGUAUAUACGAUGGAGUACGAUAGUAUUUAGUGAGCACUGCAACAUCUCCUUCUCUCUCCCUCCUCCCCUCCUCCCUCUCUUACCUGGUGAAGGAACUUCUGAACUCUGGAUGAUCUCAGAGUGUGUGGUAGGCACCCCUCCCCCCUUUCUCCCUCUCUUUCUCUUACAUCAUUUUACUUCUGUUCCCUUCGUACGUACGUAAAGACAAUUGCAACGUUCCUUUGAAUAAACCAGCCUUGAGCUUCAAAAUAUUAUGGGGUCAUUGUCACUCAGUCAUAAAACUGCCAUAAAUGGUAGUAAGAUGAUGAUUGCUCAUGAGGUAGCCAUCGGUUGGAUUGCGAAACACUGGAAGUCUGGUUUUACAAGAACUUCGAACACACUGUCUGCAUCGAAACAUCUGUGUGUUGAAAGAGUGUAUUGAUCACUGGGCUUGGACUGGAGUUUCAUGGGUGAAGCUUCAUUUGUUGGAAGUGUUCCCCGACACAGAGAAAGCGCCAUGGAAGAGUGGCCCAGUCGGGGCCAGCAGGGGUUGAUAAAAACAAAGGCAGUUGGCUGAACUGAGUGACAUGGCCAGCAUUGCUGUUUGAGUAUAAUACUUGCGUUCACACAGGGCGGACUGGCUCAGAGUGUUUUACUGUAACAACGAAUUUUUUUGUCGUAUCCUCGAAUUUUGGGCAUUUGGCAUACAGUAGUGUAAUGAACACGAGAGUUGAGUGUCGACAAAGCUCUGAACCACUGGGAAAGUCUGGAUUAGUGCCUUUGGUUAUGACAAGAACAGUUGUAAAUAUUGUGCAACAGCUAUAUAUUCAUUUUUAUCUCCCUCUGUUGUCUCUAGCCAACUUCCAUGUCCCUGCCAAGGACAAUGUUUUCGAUGACGUCAUUUUCACCGAGAUCUACGGCCAGGCGGCAAACAAGAUCAUCCAGCAGUACAAGGACGAUGCGCUGGGUCUGCCUUCGUUCCCUCAGAACAAGAGGCCGCGAUACGAUCGAUACGACCGACCCCACAGUGGAACCCCGGGGAGAUUUGGACCCCCCAGAGGACAGUAUGGACAUCCAGGAGGGUACGGACAUGCAGGAGGGUACAGAAACCCCUAUGGGAGCGGCGGCGGAGGAGGGGGAGGUGGGUAUGCAAGAGGAGGAGGAGGAUACCCGCCCGCUGGAGGUUAUGGUGGAUACCGCCCCAUGUACCCCCCCUACGCUUCCCCCAUGUACGGAGGACCCCCACCGCCCCCUCGCAGGGGGAAUUUCGGCUAUGGCCCCCCAUCAGGGUCUUCCUACGGAGGAGGAGGAGGAGGAGGGAGGUCCCCCUACGGAUAUGGACCACCGCCCUCUCGCGGUUACUACGGACGAUACUGAACAAUCAUGCUUUGAACUUUGAACUCAUUGAACUUUUUUGGAUACUUUCUCUAUUAUUAUGAAUGUAAUUUCACAACAUGUGUAUUGUCUUAUACUACAUUUGCACU